GCUCCUUUUUGUUGACUCCGUUGUCUCCUGAUCCCAGCCUCUCGAAGAGGCCUUUUCUUCCCCCUCCACCGAUAGGCUGGAGCUGUCAUGGGAGGGAGCCCUUGGCUGCUUUCCAUGUGCUCUGCUGAGGAAUGUGGCUAAAAAAAGAGAGAAAACACACAACAGUGGAAUAGUUUGAAGGGCCCCUUCCGAUGCAGCAAGCGCUGAGCUCCAAGCAGAUACCAUGAAGCGGUAGCAACGGCUGGGGGAUCUCCCUUCUACCAUCGCUGGACCAGGACACCAAUGUUCAACCCUCUAACAAGGGGCUAGAGAAGAGCGAAGCCGCAUAGGAGAGUUAGAGGCUCUGAGGGCUUCACUGCUGCUCUCCUGAAGGCCAAGCCACCUGCACCUUUAAUAUUUAUUCCCCCCGCCCUCCUCUGACCUAAAAUGCUGACGAUAAAGUUGCCUCAGAUAUUCAGGGUUCACCAAGUACCUCGUAUCUUCUGGGAGGAUGGCAUCAUAUCUGGCUACCGCCAUCCAAAGAGCUCUGCCUUGGACUGCAUCCUGAGCUCCUUCCAAAUGACCAACGAGACUGUCAAUAUCUGGACCCACUUCCUGCCUACCUGGUAUUUCGUGUGGCGGUUCCUGGUGCUCUCCUCCUCCCUGGAUUUUUGCAGAGAUGCCUAUAACUGGCCUUUCCUCGUCUACAUGCUGCUGGUCUGCCUGUAUCCCUUCACCUCCAGCUGUGCCCACACCUUCAGUACCAUGUCCACCCACGCCCGCCACAUCUGCUACUUCUUUGACUACGGAGCCCUCAGCCUCUACAGCCUGGGCUGUGCUUUCACAUAUGGAGCCUAUGCGAUGCCAGACCGUUGGGUUAACAGCACUUUACACCAUUACUUUGUGCCAAUGGCUGCUUUUAACUCAUUUAUCUGCACCAGUCUGUCUUGUUACUCCCGUUUCCCGGAAUUGGAGUGUCCCCGGCUGAGCAAGGUUUUACGGACAACGGCCUUUGUGUAUCCCUUUGUCUAUGACAAUAUCCCGCUGUUUUAUAGGCUUCUGUUCUGCGUCGGGGACGGCUGCACCUGGAAUGAUGCCACCGCGGGUUACUUCUACCACCUCUUCUUUGCACUGCUCACCGGCUUCCUCUUUGCCUCCCACCUGCCAGAGCGCCUGGCGCCUGGACGCUUUGACUAUAUUGGGCACAGCCACCAGCUGUUCCACAUCUGUGCAGUGGUGGGCACACACUUCCAGCUGGAGGCUGUCCUGUCGGACGUGCGCUCACGGCAGGCCUGGCUGAGCACCCAGGCCCCGGCGCCCGCCUUCUCUGCCACCUUCGGCACCAUCAGCCUGGCCCUGCUGGGGAACCUGCUCAUCAUCGGGGGUUUCACUGUGGCCCUGCUAGCUGGCCGGGUGGCUCCUCCAUCCUGCAGAGCACUGUGCCCGAGGCGGGCCGCCCCAAGGAGCAGUGAUGCCCACCCACCCCCAGAAACAGCAGCUCUGAGUAUAAAAUCUCUCUUUCAACUCCCGCUCAGUGACCCGUCCAAGGAGAAGUCCAUUGUCCCCUCACAGGUGAUGCUGGUAGAGGGUUUGCGCUGCGGCACGUUUCUCCUUUCCGCUCUCCUGUUGCAUUGACUCUUCGCUGAGCUUUAUGCCCUGGCCAAAAUCUGCCUCCAGAUCCCUCCUUGAGCGUGUCUACGUGGCAAGCUGGACCCUGUGAUUGCGAAGCCCGGGUGGACAGAGAUUAGCUGGAGCCGAGCUAGCGUGAGUCUGUCUACCCUGCACUGCAACUCACACCUCCGCCUGCAAUGCCAACGUCCCCGCCUGGCCCUGGAGGGGCUAACAGCCCUCAGAAUCCGGCCCCGGGGAAAUCAGUGCACUGCCCAGCUGGAGAUCACCACAUGCCUAGGGCCCAGCAGCAGGGGAACUUGUUCCGGAGAGUCCUCAACCGCCAUCAGUCCAGAGGGACGUAGCUGAGAUGGGUUACGGUGUGUUUUUAUAGGGCCUUCGCCACAAGGCCAAAUCAUCCGGAGAGGUAAAGGGGGGAGACGCUGAGGUUUUGAGUUGGUAAAAAGCGACUGACCCAGCCUGGGCUCGGGGUGACAGUUAUUCCUGGGCUGUGCAGAGCUGAAUCGGCCCUAGGCUGGCAGAAAGAUGGCAUAGCCAGGCCAGCGAGAGGAGUAGUUUGAAGUGGUUCCCAGUAGGUGCUGAGGAGGAGCUAGUCGAGGCAGCGAAUGCAAUAGCCAAACCUGAGGCCUGAUUAUUUUCCACACCUCUCCCGGCCCUAGUGUGAGACGCUCCCGGAGCAGAAUGGUGGCUGUUUUUCACUAGUGCAAGAGAUGGCAGGAGGAGGGGGAGGGGUGCAACGUAGAAUCAGAGCUUAAGAUACUUUAACACCCUUGCAUGGUGCUUAUGUCCUUCUGUUUGCAGGCGCUAAUAUCAAAGGCUAAUUAAAAAGGUAGGUGAGAAGACCUCGUUAUCCGAAAAAAACAAACCCCUGAGGGCUUGGCUUCUUUGGGGAUUCUCCUGGACUCUGUUCCCCUCUUUGAGGAGGCACCUGUUGGUGUUCCUCACACCCCCGUUCUCUGCACUAGAUUAGGGUCCUGUGCCGAAAUCACUGGAGGUUCAGCUGCUCGAAUAGGUCUGAAUUUGAUUCGUUGCCUCCCUCCAUGCUGCCUCUAAAGAACCCAGCAACUGAUCUUGGCUCUCCAGCGAGCGCGGUUGGGAUCCUGGCCACCUGGGAAACCAGUGGCCAAACUCCCAUUGACUUCAGCUGAGCCAGCGCUGCACAGAUCAUGCGUCAAUCUCUCUGCUGUAGGAAUCCUGCACUCUGGAAUCAAUGAGAGCUUUGCCUGUGCGGGAUAUGUGCGCACACACUGGCCUGUUUAGAAGGCCGACUAGCCUGAAACUCCCAGCGGCGGGGGCAGCGCCAGGCCCCUAGCAGGUCGGAGCAGGGUAUUUGCUGAUGGCAGCUAUUAGACCUCAUCUCUCUCUACCCACUGACCGACGGAUCAAUUUCCCAACAAACGAAAGCUGCUCCACGGGGCUGGCCAGGCUCCCCGCGGGCACUGGGUUCUUUGUGAUCCAGGCUGCUCCCAGCUGCCGGGCCAGAUCAGCCCAAGUGGCUUAGCCGUGACGCCCGGUCCAGAAGACGGAUGCAGACAGCCUGGGUCUCAGCAGAGUGUCUGUACUGUCUUGUUCCUUCCCCUCCUUGGCUCGGCUGGUGGUUCCCUUUUUUCACACUAAUAAUUUUUGCGAGGCUCCCUUGCAGUUACUGACCCAUGGCCACAUCGUUCUCAGUAGAUCAGACCUCAGACUAGUCUUGUAGCCCAGUCCUCGUACCUGUAUCAGAUUCGCCCCUCGGUGCAUCUAGGCCUGUAUUCUCCUGGGAGCGAGGGGUGAUUGUCUGUUUCAAUGACAGGCAGCAUGUCGUCCCCCCACCCCUGCAAUCCAGGCUAUGUUUGGAGAAGCCUUGGCGCCUUCUGUCCUACAUCGGCCUCCGUUUACCCAGAGGCUGGACUCAAUCCUCAGCUGGUGUUAACUAGCAUUGCUCCAUUGACAGCAGUGGAGUUCUGCUGAUGAACACCAGCUGAGAAUGGGGCAUAGGUUGUAGUUUGGCACCCCGGCAUUUUCUACUGCGGUAACAAUUCACCUUUGCCUCUUAAAGAACCCAGGUCCCCCUCUGGUUAUCCUGUGUUCCUCAGGAGCACCUGGAAUACAGGUAAAUGUCUGCACAAAGCCAGUGUAGCCAGGGGUAGAUUUACAGCAUUAAAGAUCUUGUGUGCUGCAAGGGGCUGCCUGCGAUUCUGCUAUGCUCCUGCUAUUCACCCAUGUGUAGACUGGCUCCCAAGACACGCACCUGCUUGUCAGAUUAGCUUUUCCCCCCCUUCUUUCUCUGUAGCUAGAAUCCUGCCAGCAGCAGCAACAGACACAACGAUCUGUACAGUGAGCUCUGCUGCGCCUCAGUUAUUUCUCACAGAGGAGGAGUCCUCGAUUUAGCUGCCCUGCAUGUUGGCGCCACAGCAGCCUUCAUGGUGUAGAAUCAGUCGGACCAGCUGGCUGUCCCCUCGCCUCCUGAAUCCAGGGAAGUGGUUAUCUGGGGGUUAGAUCUGGAACACUGUGGGCGUGGGUUGGUCUGACUGUCCAUCCGUCCGCCAGGACGUUGUCGUUCCAGCUCCAGGUGAGAAUGAGAUCUAGUGGUCAGAGCAGGAGAUCCGAGGAGGGGUCAGGAGUCUCCUGUUCUAGUCCCUUGAUGGUGCUGUUGCUGACUUGCUGUGGCACAAGACUGUAUUGCUCUGUGCCUCUAUAGAAGGAAUGGCCCAAGCGCGGGGCCGUGCGUUGAUAUGUGAAGCUCAUAGUCCCAGGUGUAGUUAUGUCUCUGUGUAGAGGCCCCGAUCCUGUGAAUCUCUGAAGCCCCCCUAGCUAAGGAUUAUUCACCCUUCACCGGGAUCGAGGCUGGAGGGAGGUUUUUCUGUGGAGUAGAACGAACGGCUCCUCUCUGAGAUCGCUCUGUGCUUGACGGGAUCUCGCCUGAGGUUCUGCUUUUAAACUCAAGACUGGAGAAUCGCUUGGCCAUGUGGCCGAGGAGAUAAAGCUAUGGAUGGGGAAUCAGGAGAGCUGGGCUCUUUAUGUGGCUCAGCACGUGACCCAAGAGAAGGCAGUCCUUCUUGUGCCUCAGUUUCCCCACUGAUAAAAUGGGGAUAAUAGCUGUCAGCCUACUUUAGAAAGGGCUUUGAGACCCAUGGAUGGAAAGCCCUUUAUAAGGGCGGGUAUUAGACAACCCGGAGCUGUCGUCUUCUCCGUCUUCCUGCAUUUUGUGGGGUUGAGUCUGUGUUUCCUAAAGCAACUUCUUUGCUAUUUUCUAACGUGCUGAAAGUGAGAACUCAUUCGAUCCCAGUGCGUUCUGUAUUUUUCUCCCUGUUUAUUGUAGGUAGUGAUGGUGGGGGUGUUAGUUCUGGCCUAUUGCUUUGGGGAAGGAAGCCCCGAAUCAAAACCCGUCUUUGGAAGGGAAAGAUUUGAGCCAGUGUCUAGGAAAUACCCACUCCCAUUGACUUAACUUAGAUUUAUACGCCGUGUGCUUCCUGGGCAUAGUGUAUGCAACUAACCCUGAACGAAAGGCCUGGACCAGAGCACAGAAGCUGGCUGAUGUGAUCAGACCCAGAUAUGUAAAUAUCAGGACCAGCUUUGACAGUGACUGCUGGGUGUGGUGUCUGGGAAUGGAGUGGUGUCCCUUUAAAUCGAUUGCAAGCCCUCUCACGGGCCUUCCUGGGACACUGGCUUGUUUCUUUGUUCUCUACAUAAGGUUAUGUUUAAACCCCUGGGGAACGCACCAUCACUGUCUCUAUGCAAACAUGCCAGGCCUGCUGCUGCUGUUGGCUUCUGAAUUAGAAGGCCCACACCCUAUUUAAAGGCAUCCAACCCAAUACCUCUGUGCUGUGGGACAGUCUCCCGGGGAAAUCGGGUGGGGAAUGUGGCGUAGGGAGCUGCCCCCCUCAGUUCUAGGCCUGAAGGGAUUGAUCUGCAGUGUCUCCAUUUCUAUCUUUCAACGAGGUUUGAGUGGCACUUACGGGGCGAUAAGGUUGCAUGAAUUUCCACCCCACUUGAGGGGACACGCUGGCUGUUGGAAGUUGGCUGCUGCCAUCCUUUGUCAAUUAGUGGGUUGAGAGCUGCUGCUGAGAUGGAUUAUUAAUAUUCCCGCCAUUGGGCAGGGAGCAAACCUGCCUGUCUCUGUGUCCGUCCGUCCAGGACAGCCCCUUGGAUUGACUGUGCUGUGUCCACUCGGGGGGUUGCUUGGUUUUUAGUGGCCUGCGUGUGUGUGGCAUAAACAGCUUUAAAUCAAAACUGGAAUAAACUCUGGAACAAAAACUGCUUCGUU